AUUUGAUAAUAGUUUAGAAGGGAUUCGUUCCAUUAUUGUAAUUGAAGGGGAAUUUCUUCGGACAAGCAACAACUCGCCGGUCUUAUACAGGAAAAUAACUGUUCUGUUUCAGGUGAGACUCUGCAAAUAGAGAGGCUCUCCACCUAAACAGUCCAAAGUCCAAAUACCCAAAAAAUCAAAACGGUCUCUCUCUCGCUUCUCAAAUCUGAAUUCAAAUUUUCGCCCAAAAAAAAAAAAAAAGAAAUAGUCUUCGAUUAUGGCUUUUCACGGGAAGAAACUCAUCAACAACCCUAACGCAGAUGUCGUGACUGAAUUUAUUGAGGGUCUUGUGGAAACCUAUCCAGGACUCCAGUACUUAGAUGGUUUCCCUGAGGUUAAGGUUGUAAUACGUGCUGAUGUUUCAGGUUCAACAUAUGACAAGGUUGCAGUCAUAUCAGGAGGAGGAAGUGGGCAUGAACCUGCACAUGCUGGAUUUGUGGGAGAAGGAAUGCUGACAGCUUCCAUUUGUGGAGAUGUUUUCGCUUCUCCUCCAGUUGAUUCAAUUUUAGCUGGCAUUCGAGCUGUGACUGGUCCUAUGGGAUGUCUUCUGAUAGUUAUGAAUUAUACCGGUGAUCGUUUGAAUUUUGGUUUAGCUGCUGAGCAAGCAAGGUCUGAAGGCUAUAAAAUAGAAACUUUAAUUGUUGGAGAUGAUUGUGCAUUACCUCCACCUCGAGGCAUUGCUGGACGAAGAGGUUUGGCAGGAACUAUUCUUGUUAAUAAGGUUGCUGGAGCUGCGGCUGCAGCUGGCCUUUCUCUUGCUGAUGUUGCUUCAGAGGCAAAACGUGCAUCUGAGGUGGUUGGAACUAUGGGUGUCGCACUAUCUGUUUGCACAUUGCCUGGGCAGGUUACGUCUGAUCGCUUGGGCCCAGGAAAGAUAGAACUUGGUCUGGGAAUUCAUGGGGAACCUGGUGCUGCUGUGGCAGACCUCCAGCCUGUGGAUGUAGUGGUUUCUCAUGCUCUUAAGGAAAUAUUAUCACCGGAAACUAACUAUGUUCCAAUUACACGGGGCAAUAGAGUGGUGCUCAUGAUUAAUGGGUUAGGUGCCACUCCUGUGAUGGAACUGAUGAUUGCAGCUGGAAAGACUGUCCCUAAAUUGCAGCUGGACUUUGGGCUUGCUGUUGAAAGAGUCUAUACAGGGUCAUUUAUGACCUCUCUUGAUAUGGCAGGAUUUUCAAUCUCUAUAAUGAAGGCUGAUCAAACUCUGUUGCAACGCCUGGAUGCUACCACUAAGGCUCCACAUUGGCCUGUUGGUUCUGCUGGUAAUCGUCCACCUGCCAAGAUUCCUGUUCCAUUGCCACCAUCUCGUUUAACAAAGAGUGAGGAGUCAUUAAGUCGGCCACUGCAGCUUAAUGAACAAGGCCGUAUUCUUGAAGCCGCUAUAGAGGCAGCGGCAAAUGCCGUAAUUGAUAUGAGGGACUGUUUGAAUGACUGGGAUAGCAAAGUAGGUGAUGGUGACUGUGGGUCAACUAUGUACAGAGGUGCAACAGCAAUCCUUGAUGAUAUGAAAAAAUAUUAUCCUCUGAAUGAUGCUGCAGAAACAGUGAAUGAAAUUGGAUCAUCUAUUAGAAGAACUAUGGGAGGAACAAGUGGAGUCUUGUACAAUAUAUUUUGUAAGGCAGCAUAUGCACAGUUGAAAGCAAACUCGGAUUCAGCUGUCACAGCAAACAAAUGGGCUGAAGCACUUGAAGCUGCCAUUGCUGCAGUCAGUAAAUAUGGUGGUGCUAGUGGUGGUUGUCGUACAUUAUUGGAUGCUCUUAUUCCUGCAUUAGCAGUUCUUAAGGAGAGAUUAGCUGCUGCUGAUGAUUCCUCUACUGCUUUUGUUCUCUCAUCUGAAGCAGCAUUGGCAGGAGCUGAAUCAACUAAAGACAUGCAGGCACAGGCUGGGCGGUCAAGCUAUGUAUCUGCCGGUGUACUUGCAACAGUUCCAGAUCCUGGUGCAAUGGCCGCAGCUGCCUGGUACAGAGCAGCAGCUUUGGCUGUGAUGGAUAAAUAUCAAGCUUCAUGAGCUCAUCUAUCAAACUUUCAAAAUUUUAUCCUCAACAUACACUUGAUGUUUGCUUUUUGCUGCAGAUUGACCAAGCAAAGUUUUGUUUAUGGUUAACUAAUUGGCUUUCUGCUUAUGCAUUUUUUUUUUGGGUUGGGGGGUGGGGGGCGUGCAUUAAGCUGAGAAAGCGAAUUUUAUCCAUACAUAUUAUUGAAUAUCGAAAGCUUCCGGAAAUGUAAUUCAAUAUCUAAAUAGAACUAUUCAAAAUAAUAAUGCUGUAUUUUGCAUGGGUCAAAUGUUGACUUAGGAUGGCCUUCCUUGACUAUUGAGACUAGGGAUGUAAUCAGACUGAGUCCAUAAUUUGCCAAGCUGAUUUGAAAACAGGCGGUUUGAAUCUUUCC